AUUGUGGAGGAUGAGUCAGGGCUGGGGGCGCCCGACUUGGGCAGGCGGGACGCGAGCGCUGGGUCAACGCUCCAGGCAGUGUCGGCCCGUGCAGCCGGAAGAUGCAGGCAGCCCGGAUGGCCCCGAGCGUGGGGCGGCAGCUGAUGAGGCUGGGGGGCGGAAGCUCGCGGUCCACUGCGCUCCUGGGGCAGCCCCGGCCUGGUUCUACCCGGCGACCCUAUGCCAGUGGGGCCGCUCAGGCGGUUAUGGACAAGUCAGAUUCUCUCUCCUCUGAUGCUUCAACCAGGGAAAAACGGGCCAGCGCGGAAUCUAAGUCCUUCGCUGUGGGGAUUUUCAAGGGCCAGCUCACUACCAGUCAGGUGUUCCCGUUCCCAUCUGUGCUCAACGAGGAGCAGACACAGUUUCUCAAGGAGCUGGUGGGGCCUGUGUCCCGUUUCUUUGAGGAGGUGAACGAUCCUGCUAAGAACGAUGCUCUGGAGCUACUGGAGGAGACCACUUUGCAAGGCCUCAAAGAGCUGGGGGCCUUUGGUCUGCAAGUGCCCAGUGAGCUGGGUGGUGUGGGCCUCUGCAACACCCAGUACGCCCGCCUGGUGGAGAUCGUGGGCAUGCAUGACCUUGGAGUGGGCAUAACCCUGGGUGCCCAUCAGAGCAUUGGUUUCAAAGGCAUCCUGCUCUUUGGCACGAAGGCCCAGAAAGAAAAAUACCUCCCCAAACUGGCAUCUGGGGAGACUUUGGCUGCUUUCUGUCUAACCGAGCCCUCAAGUGGGUCAGAUGCAGCCUCCAUCCGAACCUCAGCUGUGCCCAGCCCCUGUGGGAAAUAUUAUACCCUCAAUGGAAGCAAGAUUUGGAUCAGUAACGGGGGCCUGGCAGAAAUCUUCACUGUCUUUGCCAAGACACCAAUUACAGAUGCAGCCACAGGGACCGUGAAGGAGAAGAUCACAGCUUUUGUGGUGGAGAAGAGCUUUGGGGGUGUUACCCAUGGGCCACCUGAGAAAAAGAUGGGCAUCAAGGCCUCAAACACAGCAGAGGUGUACUUUGAUGGAGUACGGGUGCCGGUGGAGAACGUGCUGGGAGAGGUGGGCAGUGGCUUCAAGGUCGCCAUGCACAUCCUCAACAACGGAAGGUUUGGCAUGGCUGCGGCCCUUGCAGGCACCAUGAGAGGCAUCAUUGCUAAAGCUGUGGAUCAUGCUGCUAACCGUGUCCAGUUCGGGGAAAAAAUUCACAACUUUGGACUGAUCCAGGAGAAGCUGGCCCAGAUGGCCAUGCUGCAGUAUGUGACUGAGUCUAUGGCUUACAUGGUGAGUGCCAACAUGGACCAGGGAUCCACGGACUUCCAGAUAGAGGCCGCCAUCAGCAAAAUCUUUAGCUCGGAGGCAGCCUGGAAGGUGACAGAUGAAUGCAUCCAAAUCAUGGGGGGCAUGGGCUUCAUGAAGGAGCCUGGGGUAGAGCGUGUGCUCCGCGAUCUUCGCAUCUUCCGGAUCUUUGAGGGGACAAAUGACAUUCUCCGGCUGUUUGUGGCUCUGCAGGGCUGUAUGGACAAAGGGAAGGAACUCUCUGGGCUUGGCAAUGCUCUAAAGAAUCCUUUUGGGAAUGCUGGCCUCCUGCUAGGAGAGGCAGGCAAGCAGCUGAGGCGGCGAGCGGGGCUAGGCAGUGGCCUGAGUCUCAGUGGAAUCGUCCACCAGGAUUUGAGUCGGAGUGGUGAGCUGGCGGUGAAGGCUCUGGAGCAGUUUGCCACCGUGGUAGAGGCCAAGCUGAUCAAACACAAGAAGGAGAUUGUCAAUGAACAGUUUCUGCUGCAGCGUCUCGCAGAUGGGGCCAUCGACCUCUAUGCCAUGGUGGUGGUUCUCUCAAGGGCCUCAAGAUCCCUGAGUGAGGGCCACCCCACAGCCCAGCAUGAGAAAAUGCUCUGUGACAGCUGGUGUAUUGAGGCUGCAGCCCGGAUCCGGGAGAACAUGGCUGCUCUGCAGUCUGACCCCCAGCAGCAGGAGCUCUUCCGUAACUUCAAAAGCAUCUCCAAUGCCUUGGUGGAGCGGGGUGGCAUGGUCACCAGCAACCCCCUUGGCUUCUGAAUACACCCAACCAGGGCCUGGCCUGGUUACGUGCCUUCUCAAUCAAGCCAAAGCCCAGGCCCCUUUCUAGGGGGCCCUGGUUUGCCCUGGAGGAGCCUGGUGUUCCCAGGACUGUGCCUGCUCUCAGGAGCACUUACUGCCUUACAGAUAAUAAAGUUUCUAAUAAGUCACA